AUGGCCGUCUCAGAACCAGAGGAUAUUGAGAAGAAGGGAGCUGGGGUCGUGGAACCAGUCAGCGACAGCCCUGCUCCGUAUGACGAUGUGAUCACUACAUAUGCACCGAUUAUUGAGAACACCAGUCCCCUGAAGCGUAGCCUUAAAAAUCGCCAUAUGCAAAUGAUUGCCAUCGGUGGUGCUAUCGGCGCUGGUCUGUUUGUUGGUACUGGAGGUGCUCUGCAGGAGGGAGGCCCAGGUUCCGUGCUUCUCGGUUACCUGAUCGUGGGAGGAAUGUUGUUGAUGACCAUUCAAGCUCUGAGCGAGUUGGCCGUUCUUUACCCAGUCAACGGGGCUUUCUUCACAUAUUGUUGCCGGUUCAUCGAUCCUGCUUGGGGUUUUGCCGUCGGAUGGGACUACGCCAUAGGCUGGCUCGUCAUUCUUCCCUUCGAGAUUACGGCUGCCGGUAUUACGAUAGAGUUCUGGAGAAGCGAUCUCAACAUUGGCAUCUGGAUUACUGUGUUCCUAGUUGUCUUGUCCACAAUUCAGAUCUUCGGCGUUCGGGGUUACGGUGAAGUGGAGUUCGUUCUCAGCGUGAUCAAAGUCACCGCCCUUUUUGGAUUCAUCAUCCUGGGAAUCGUGAUUGACUGCGGUGGUGCGCCGGUAGGAGGCUAUAUUGGAGGUCAUUACUGGUUUGACCCCGGCGCAUUCACGGACUUUCGAGGCUUCUGUUCUGUCUUCGUGACCGCAGCUUUCGCAUUCGGUGGAACAGAAAUGAGUGGCUUGGCUGCUGCUGAGGCUGCGAACCCCGCGAAAUCUAUCCCAAAAGCGACGAAGCAGGUCUUCUGGCGUAUCACUAUCUUUUACGUCGUGGGGACUCUCAUUGUCGGAUUGAUCGUCCCAUCCAAUGCGGAUUACCUUAUGGGAUCUACUGGCGCCAAUACCAAGGCAUCACCUUUUGUAGUAUCAAUUCAAAAUGCAGGUAUCUCCGGUCUACCAUCUGUCAUGAACGCAGUGAUCACGAUUUCGGUCAUCAGUGUUGCCAACUCAGCAACGUUUGGAUCGAGUCGCACCAUCCAGGCUCUGGCGGCUCACGGCAUGGCUCCUUCAUUCAUGGCCUAUGUCGAUAAAGCCGGACGACCACUCUACUGUGUUCUUCUCCAGAUUGCAUUCGGUUUCCUGGCUUUCAUCAAUGAGGCAUCGACGGGCGGUCAGAUUUUCACCUGGCUUCUGGCUUUAUCCGGUAUUUCCAAUUUCUUCAUUUGGGGCAGCAUCUGCCUCGCCCACAUUCGCUUCCGUGCGGCCUGGAAACAUCACGGUCACGAUGUCAAGGAAUUGGCCUACACUGCUCCAUUCGGCGUUAUCGGCAGCUACAUAGGACUGUCCCUCAAUGUCAUCUGUCUCAUUGCUGAGUUCUAUGUAUCUGUUGCGCCAAAAGAUGCGCAGGCUUUUUUCGAGAACUAUAUCGCCGCCCCUCUGGUAAUCGGUCUCUACCUUCUCUGGAAGCUUUACUCUGUCUACCACAAAGACCCGCGGAUUAACCAUCGAGGCUGGAAGCCGUUCCUGAAAGUGGAGGAGAUGGAUAUAUUAAGCGGAAUGCGGGAUGGUGCUUUGGAUGUGGAUCUGCCACCGAGAGUAGAAUAUGCCACCCGGGGAGAAUGGCUCAAAGCCGCACCGAUGAGACUGCUUCACUCAUUGUAUUGA